AUUAUGGCAAUUUUGAGUUUGAUAAUGUCGCUGUCACUAUGCGCCGUCGUCAAGUUUCUGUUUGAAUUUGCUUCCAUAUUCGGUAUUUCCGCAUUUAUUUUAUGUGUUGUGUUCUAGUUUGUUCAAGACUCAAAAACCUAACUUUCAUUAAAGAUUUAUUAGGAUUUUGAGAUGCCUUGCUGUAUUGAGAGAGGAACAGAUAAAUGCUAGGCUAUGCUAUCAUUGAGUUUCCAGAUGGUAUUUAACUUGUACUGAAACUUUGGGUUUGUGAUGAUGCCUGUGGCCGAACUAUGCGAAUCAACUUUUAAACAUGAACAAAACAAUAGCUGCUUACAGGACACAGGAGCAGUACAUCCCUCAAUUGGUUGCCUUGUCGGAUGACUUGGAACAAAACCUCUUUACCAUAACGGUAGCGUUGCCUGCUAGAUACCUUGCGAGGCAUGGAGCUGUACACCAAGACCAUCGUGGCCAUGAAGACGUUGGUGCACACCGUCAAAAACCGUGAGCUCGUCGAGGCGACCAGUUCUAUAAUGUACGUGAGUCCGGAAUACGCCGUUCAAAAACCACCUCCGCCCGACUACCCGACCUUCGACUCCCACAACUACCUGUUCUGUGGCAAAGCGCAAUUGUUCGGCUACGACUACCAGACGCUGUACCACAACCAACAUCUUCGCGAGAGGUCACUGACUCACGCAUUGAAACCCGGCUGCAAACGGGAUCCGCAGAAAAUGUCCCUGGAACUGGUGUUCCGCAAGGCGCUGAAAGAGAUCGUGGAGGAGCUACAUGAGAUCGAUCCCGAACCGCUGGAGGUGUCACUGGAGAACCCCAUGUUCAUCAGCGGCUGGUAUCUGGAGCUGAGACUACUAAAGAAAUUGAGAGAAUUCUACAGGGUCCAGUGCAACGGCCUCGACCUGAACAAGUACCUCACCCAGUCGUCCGCCGACAAGACGUCUCCUCUCAAGCAGUACGUGGACGGCAGCCGUUGCGAGGAGUACGUGCGGGUGUUGCACGACCGCUACGCGCUGAAUUCGGGGGCCGAUUUGAUCAACGCGAAAGCCGAAUCACGUCCAUGAGAGUGUGGAGUUUAUUGUCAUAUUCUUAUUUCGGUUCAAUGUGACUUCCAUUAGUGAUACGGCAAACAUCCCACCGGUAAUCAAUUUCUCGCCACACCCGUUCUAGGAAAUCUGGCGUAACUUCAGCAACCGCAGCUGUGAUUCUUCUUAGAUCUGCAAGACUGGCUGGUAGAGGUGGAACAUACACUUUAUCUUUAAUGAAACCCCAUAGAAAAAAAUCCAUAGGAGUCAAAUCGGGGGAACGAGGUGGCCAUGCAAUUGGUCCUGAACACCCAAUCCAGCGACCUGGAAAACGACCGUUUAGGAAAUCCCUAACAUCUGUUAGGUAGUGGUGGUGGUAGAGGUGGUGCUCCAUCUUGCUCUUAGUAGAAAGGAGUAUCCUGUUGUUCAUCUUCAUCAAUUUGAGGAAUCAAAAAAUUCUGCAACAUAUCAAGGUAAAUGAUACCAGUGACAGUUUUCACCAUGAAGAAAAAUGGCCCGUACACUUUAAAUUUACUCAUCGCACAAAACACAUUCACUUUUGGACUGUCCCGAACUUGUUCAAGGGAUUCUCUUGGGUUUUCGUUCCCCCAGAUUCUGCAGUUAUGGGUGUUCACUUUACCACUGAUAUGAAAGGUACUCUCAUCACUGAAGAUUAUUGAGUUCAGGAAGGUCUCAUCUUCCCCCAUUCGAUCCAACAUUACAGCACAGAAUUCUCCACGAGGAGCUUUAUCUAAAUCAGUGAUAUGUUGUACCAUCGUAAGUCUGUAUGGUUUUAAGUGCAAACGUCUCCGUAGCACUCGCCAAACUGUCUUUUAUGGAAUUCCAGUCUCCACAGCUGCACGCCGCGUUGAUUUUUUAGGACUACGGGCAAAGGUUUCCCUGACCUGUUCGACAGUAGCAUCACUAACCUGUGGGCGACCUGGCGAUUUCUCAUGACGAACACAACAACCUGUCUCGACAAAAUUCUUGUGCCAGCUGUAAAUAGAAGGCCUGCUUGGAGGGUCUCUUCCGUAUUCUGUGCGAAAUCUACGCUGAACACUUGUAGCAGAGUUUGUUUCAUGAAACAGUAACACACAGCGAGCACGUUCCGCACCAGUGAAAGUAGCCAUUUUAGUACAGACGAAGCUGGAGCUCGCAGUGGCGGUGCUUGGUACUACAGCACUACGGGAGUCAAACUUGAAGUAAUUUCCUACAAAAUGACACAUAUAUCAAGUCUGUAAGUAAAGUCAAUAAAUAAAUAUAUAUAUAU